GUGCACUGGCACUCGGCAGUUUCCGCUGAGAGACUCGGCAAUUUACGGGACUCUCUAUCUGCAGUAGUUGAGCAGUGUGUCUGUCAGCAUUAGCUGCUGCUGCACAGACAGAAAGGCUGUUGCCUGAGGAGGAUGGAGAAUGGGGGCCACGGGUCCAGCUGUUACCCCAAAUGGGCGGAGCCUGCAGCACUGCCUGCACGUGGUGGGCUUCUUGGACCUCUUUGGUGUGAGCAUGAUUGUGCCAUUACUAAAUCACCACAUGAAAUCUCUUGGUGCAAGUCCAACUACAGCAGGUAUAAUAGGUUCCUGCUAUGGCAUACUGCAACUCUUCUCUAGCUCAAUUGUGGGAAGCUGGAGCGAUAUCGUUGGAAGACGCUAUUCCCUAAUUACUUGUAUUAUUGUCAGUGCCUUCGGCUAUGGUCUCCUUGGCAUAUCCAUUAGCAUUUACAUAUAUGCUAUUGCAAGAAUACCAGUGGGAGUUUUUAAACAUUCGCUCUCCAUUUCAAAAGCAUUCCUCUCAGACCUUGUAUCUGAAAAAGAGCGCCCCCAUGUAAUGGGAAGGUUCAAUGCAGCUUCCAGCAUGGGGUUUAUCCUGGGGCCUGUUGUUGGUGGUUACCUUACAGAGUUACAUGGCGGUUUUUAUAUUACCUCUUUCCUCUGCACUGGUAUUUUCAUAAUAAAUGCAGGUCUAGUUUGGAUUAUGCCACAGACUGAGAAGUUGAGUGCUGUGACACUAUCUAGCAGCAGUGUAUGUUUACAGAAUAAUUUGGCAUCAACACUUGGUAUUGGAUUACACACAUCACAGGAAGACAGUGGGAACAAUCCAAAUCCACUUGCACAGACAUUUUGGGCACAAAUUGUCUCAGUUUUUAAGAAGGUUACAGAUGUGGCUUUUUCUCAGAUGUGGGACAUAUUUUUGGUUCGUUUACUAACAGCAAUUGCGGUGAUGCUGUAUUACAGCAACUUUGCCUUGGCUAUGGAAGAAAGAUUUCAUAUGACUCCGCGGAUGACGGGCUAUUUAAUAAGUUACGGCAGUACCCUUGGAGCUUUGGCUGGUUUUUCACUGGGACCUCUUGCUAGACUUUACCAAUAUAAUACUUACACAAUGUUGUUACAUUCCAGUGUUCUCACAUUCUUUUCCAUCCUGCUAUAUUCUGUAGCACCUAAAAUGUGGAUAGUUGUUUUGUCUUCAACGUUUUUAGCCUUUUCUACAAAUAUAGGGAGGACGUGCAUUGUGGACCUAGAACUUUCAUUGGGGGAGAAACAUGGAAGUGGUACACUUAUAGGAGUUGGACAGUCAGUAACAUCGGUGGGACGCAUACUCGUUCCCCUCUUCUCAGGAAUUGCACAAGAAUAUAGCCCUUGUGGACCGCCUCAGCUUGGUGCUGUUUUGGCAUUAGCAUCUAUAUUUCUGAUGUACAAAAGUAGAUCACAUUAUCAUAGCUCAACACACAGCAAACACAAAAGGGAAUGAGAAACUUCUUCCUGAAAAAAAAACUGAGGAGAAAUAUGAAGAUCCUUUAAUUGAGGCAUGUGCAAUCACUACCGUUAAAUAUACAGAUGUGUCCUCAUACACUGUGGCUUCAGUCAUGCUAAACGGACCCUUUCUGUGCCCCAGGUCCCGGACAAAUCGGCUGCGCCUAGCAUAUGUUUCUCUGACGUCCUAGUGGAUGCUGGGUACUCCGUAAGGAC